CCGAAAAUGCGAUUCCUAAUUAUCGUUGCCCUUGUGGCCUUCUUGGCGGUUGGCCUUGUGGCUGCCCGACCAGCAGAGGAUGAGGAGUCCUCCGUCCAGGAGAACACCAAUGAGGAUGCUGCCGAGGAAAGACCUGCUGCUGAAGAAAGUCAGGAUUAUGGAAGUGAUGAGGAUUAUAGUGAGGAAUAUAGUGAGGACUAUCAGGAGGAGUCAGACAAUGAAUCAAACGGAGAUGAUAACAAUGAGGAAGAUGACCACAAUUCGGAUGAUAAUACCGAAUCGGAUAAUAACAACGAUUCAGAAGGCGAUCAGGUUCAGAGUCGUACAUUCAGUCAAGCAGAACCCCUUUUCCUCAAAUAA